AGACAGACAGACGAUGUGGAAGAGAAGAAAAUCUGUGCCGAACGUCUUGAUCUCUAACUCUACCUGAUACUUGUGUUUACUUCCGUUCGGCCUCUGCACAGAUUUCCUUUCUUCCUUCUCUUUUCUGUGCGCGUGUCCGCGUCGGCACCUCGGGGUGCCACGAAGUCCAUGGAGAAGUUGUGGAGUUGGAGUCGGCUAUGGGUGAAGUAGUUCGGGACCAGAGGAAGUCGAGGCGCGCGGGUCGACGUGCGCGCGCGCGCGGAGCCCGUCCGCACACUUAACCACAACCGACAACCGGCGACACGAAGCACGCACGAUGCCCGGGGGAGAUGCUCGGCGCGGCGGGUCGGCGGAGCAGUGAAACCGGCGGUCGGCUGCGGAGGACGAGAGGCGCGGAGCGGGGAAACACGCCGAGGGAAGGCAUGCGGAGCCCGGGGACGCUGGCGUGGCGAGCCGCCCUGUGCUGCGUGCUGCUGGAGAGCGUGCUGCUGCCCGCGAGAGGUCUCAACAUGUGCUCGAGUGGCAGCGCUACUUCCUGUGAAGAAUGCCUCCUGAUCCAUCCCAGUUGCGCCUGGUGCGCACAAGAGGAGUUUGGGAGGGGGCGGAGUCUGACGUCCCGGUGUGACUUCAGCCACAGCCUGCAGCAGCGCGGCUGCGCGGCGCCGUUCAUCGAGUCCCCCACCAGCAGCGUGUCGGUGGUGCAGAGCAUGCCGCUGAGCUCCAAAGGCUCCGGGGAGACCCACUACGACGUGGUCCAGAUGGCGCCCCAGAAGAUCUCCGUCAGCCUGCGGCCAGGAGCCCAGACGUCGUUCGGGCUGCAGGUGCGCCAGGUGGAGGACUACCCGGUGGACCUGUACUACCUGAUGGACCUGUCCCUCUCCAUGAAGGACGACCUGGACACCAUCCGCAACCUGGGCACCAAGCUGGCGCUGGAGAUGGGGAAGCUCACCAGCAACUUCCGGCUGGGCUUCGGCUCCUUCGUGGACAAGAACAUGUCCCCCUUCUCCUACACGGCGCCCAAGUACCAGCAGAACCCCUGCAGCGGAUACAAACUGUUCCCGAACUGCGUGCCGACCUUCGGGUUCCGUAACAUCCUCUCCCUGACGGACAAAGUGGACCGCUUCAACGAGGAGGUGCAGAAGCAGAUGGUGUCUCGCAACAGGGACGCGCCCGAGGGCGGCUUCGAUGCCAUCCUGCAGGCCGCCGUCUGUAAGGAGGAGAUCGGCUGGAGGAAGGAGGCGUACCACCUGCUGGUGUUCGCCACGGACGACGUGCCCCACCUGGCUCUGGACGGCCGGCUGGGGGGGCUCGUGCAGCCGCACGACGGGCGCUGUCACCUGGACGAGGACAACGAGUACAGCGCCUCCACCAGGAUGGACUACCCCUCUCUGGCUCUUCUGGGGGAGAAGCUGGCUGAAAAUAACAUCUUCCUCAUCUUUGCUGUCACAAAACGUCUUUACGUUAUUUACAAGAACUUCACAGCACUCAUUCCUGGAACGACGGUGGAGAUCCUGGACCAGGACUCUAAGAACGUCAUCCAGCUCAUCAUCGCAGCUUACAAUAACAUCCGCUCCAAGGUGGAGCUGUCGGUGUGGGACCACCCGGAGGACAUCGGCCUGUCCUUCACCGCCACCUGCCAGGACGGCGAGCCGCUGCCGGGCCGCAGGAAGUGCUCCGACCUGAAGAUCGGAGACACGGUGUCGUUCGACGUGAGCGUGGAGGCGAGGAGCUGCCCGCCGCACGGCGCCGACCGGAGGAGGAGCUUCACCAUCAAGCCGGUGGGCUUCAAGGACCGCCUGGAGGUGGCCGUGGACUACCGGUGUGACUGCGGCUGCAGCCGCGAAGCGCAGAGCAACAGCAGCAUCUGCAGCUCCACAGGUACUUACGACUGCGGCACGUGCCACUGUGAGCCGGGCUACCUGGGCGCCCGCUGCGAGUGCCAGGAGGGCGGGGCCAGCAGCUCGUACCGCAGCGCCUGCCGCGAGGCCGAGGGCAAGCGGCUGUGCAGCGGCCGCGGAGAGUGCAGCUGCAACCAGUGCCUGUGCUACGAGUCGGAGUUCGGCAAGAUCUACGGAGGCUACUGCGAGUGCGACGACUUCUCCUGCGCGCGGCACAAAGGAGUCCUCUGCUCAGGUCACGGUGAAUGCCACUGCGGCGAGUGCAAGUGCCACGCCGGCUACGUGGGCGACGACUGCAACUGCCCCACGGAGACGGCGGCCUGCGUCGGCGCCGACGGCCAGAUGUGCGGCGGCCGCGGCCGCUGCGUGUGCGGCCGCUGCCGGUGCACCGAGCCCGGCGCCUUCGGGGACACCUGCGAGAAGUGCCCCACCUGCCCCGACGCCUGCGGCACCAAGAGGGAGUGCAUCGAGUGCCGGCUCUUCAACUCGGGCCGGCUGCAAGACAACCAGACCUGCCAGCGCCUGUGCAAAGACGAGAUCCUCACGGUGGAGACCCUCGACUCCGAGGACCCCGGCUCUGUACUCUGUCUCUACAAGACGGACGACGACUGCGUCAUGAAGUUCACUUACUCUGAGCACGCCAGCGGGCGCUCCGUCCUCACGGCCCUCGAGGAGCCCGAGUGCGGCGGCGGCGGGCCCGAGGCGCCCGUGGUGCUGCUCGCCGUGGUCGGCAGCAUCCUGAUGGUGGGCGUGGUGCUGCUCGCCGUCUGGAAGCUCGCCAUCACCGUGCACGACCGCCGGGAGUUCGCCCGCUUCCAGAGCGCACGCUCACGAGCCCGAUACGAGAUGGCCUCUAACCCGCUCUACAAGCAGCCCAACGCGUCGACACACUUCGUGGAGACGGAUUUCGACUCGUACGGGAAGUCCUUCAACGGAGGAGUCCACUGACCCCUCGGGGCGGGGGGGCGGGGGGCGCGGCAGGACCGGUCCGACGAACAGAAGACGUGAACACACUCGUUGAAAGACGUGGAAUGAACUAGACAGUUUGGGGGGGUGGGGGGGCAAGGGGGCGGGGUCUGUGGCCUUUUUUCUCUUUUUUUUUUUCCCGCCCUCCACCGAGAUGAUGAGACUUCUUCUCUUUCUUCAUCCGUGUUUCACAGUCGCUGGAGGAAGAACGAAGCAUGAACUCCUCGGUCUUGUUCAGGGAGAAAGAGAGAGAGAGAGAGUAGAGUUAGCGGUGAGUAGACACAAUAAACUCAUGAACCCAACACACACACACACACACACACACACAGAGCGGCUCGGCGGCUGCUAUUGGUCUAUUUUUAUAAACACUAAAAAAGAAAAAUCAGCCUUUUUUGUUUUUGAUAGUUUGUUGUUGUGGAUAAACUUUGCUCCCAGACUGGAUUGAAUAAGUUUCACUCCGCAUCGGAUCAUUAAAUAAAAAUAAAAAUUAUGCACAGGAUAAUUAAAGAGCACAUGUUAUAUCUGAAGACGCUGCAGUACUAACAUGUAAUAAUAGACUUCUUCCUUUUGCACAGAAGAUUCAGUAAAGAUUCAAAUUGU